CUCUUGCCAAAAAAAUGAACCGUUCCUCUGUUGCCUGCAAAUAACGCGAAAAAAUCUCUCUGGGAAAAAAAAAAAAAAAGAAAAAGGAAAAAAAAAAAAGAACCGAACCAGUCGUGGGAAGGAUCCGAAAGAACAUGAACCAGAGAAAUUUGAAGAAGAAACCCUAAUCUUAGCCUCUCGCUUUUUUAAUUCGUCUUUGUCUUCUUCUUCUUCUAUUGUUCUUUAAUCUGAAAGACGCCAAGAUUGGUACCGGGGGAGCUAGGCUAGGGUUAGGUUUUAGGCUCGGGAAAUUAGGGUUAGGGUUUUGAUUCCUUUGGUUGUUUUUUUCUCCUGUUCUUUGGGAGGUGAAAUUGGAAGGCGGAAUCGUUUUUUGUGUGUGUGUGGAGGAUUUGGGGAUUUUAGGGCUAGGGUUCCGUUUCAUGGGCCGCGCGGGAGUUUUUGGUGGUGGUUUGUGUCGGUUAUGAACGUUGACCAAUGCCAGUGGCCGAAGAAGAUGAUGGGUAGGGGAGUGGACGGAGGUUGUGGAGCUGAAGAGAAGCCUUGUCGCCCAUUUCGUAGGGCUGCGUUAGAUAAGGAUAAUGGGAACAAGGGGUUUGAGGAUAUGGGUUCGUUGGAAAUUGGUUUCUUAGCUCAGGCUAACAAGAACCUCUCUGAGAGGUCUCCGUUUGAUCUUCCUGAAGAUGGUUCCACUUCAGGGUUAACUGUGCCUACUCUACCUGUUGGCUUAGCUAAUUUGCUUAACCGUACUGAUAACAAGAAAAGGCACAAGAAGUCUCAUUCUGCUACGGAGAAUAAGAAGAACAAGUCUUCUAGGCAAGGGGAUAAGUUGAGAAGUGGCAGUAUCUGGGUUGAGCAUGAGGACUACUUUAGGCGCUUAGAAUUGCCUGAUUUAGAAACGUUGUCAGAUUUAGCAUCUCUGCGAUCUUUAUCUUCUAGAAACUGCUUUUCAGUUCCAUCGGUGGAAUACGAAUCUAUUAAUAAUAUUCAACAGAGGGAAACCGAUGCUAGUGCAAAGAAUGAGGAUGUUGUUCUGGAAGAAAUUAAGAACGUUCUCAUAAAAGAUAUAUCUGAAGGCACAGUAAACAAAGAAGAGGUAAACGAGGAUGUUGUUCAGCCAAUGGGUGUUGACAUUGUGGGGGAUGAAAUUUCAUCUGCGUCAGACUAUUCUGGUAGUUUAGAAUGGGUUUUAGGUAUUAGAAAUAGGAUUUUGUUGACAUCGGAAAGGCCCUCCAAAAAGCGGAAGCUUCUUGGUGGUGAUGCAGGUUUGGGGAAAUUAAUGGUUGCGGCUCCUUGUGAAGGGAAUGCAUUGUUAUGUGAUUUCUGCACUGGUGAUGCCAAGGAAUAUCAUCACCAGUUAAUUGUUUGCUCUUCCUGCAAAGCUACAGUUCAUAAAAAAUGCUAUGGCCUGCUUGAAGAUUCAGAUAAAUCGUGGUUGUGCUCUUGGUGUGAGCUGGAGAAUGGUCGUGGUGAUUCAGAAAGACCAUGCUUUCUAUGUCCAAAAAAGGGUGGCAUCCUGAAACCUGUUCUCUCAAAAACUGAGAAUGGUGGGCCGGUGGAGUUUGCUCAUCUUUUUUGUUCUCUGUGGAUGCCUGAGCUGUAUAUAGAAGACUUGAAAAAAAUGGAGCCCAUCUUGAAUUUGCAUGGAAUAAAAGAAACUCGGAGGAAGUUAUUGUGUAACUUGUGCAAGGUGAAAUCUGGUGCUUGCAUUCGCUGUUGUAAUGGAACAUGCAGAACAUCAUUCCAUCCUAUAUGUGCAAGGGAGGCAGGGAAUAGACUAGAGGUCUGGGGAAAACAUGGGUGUGAUACUGUUGAACUGCGAGCUUUCUGCUCAAAGCAUUCAGAUAGUCAAGAAAAUGGAAAGUCCGUAGAGGGAGGAGAAAGUAAUGCUGUUGAUAGUCGUUCUCCUAUAUGUCAUCUUCCGUCAGAACCUGUAAGAGAAGGUCACCUUUGUAAUGAUGAGAUGGGGCUUGACUUAGGAACACCGGGUGCAGGUUCUGAUAUUUCGAGAAACAACGAAUUGCGAGAACUAGAAUCGCCGCAUUCAAAAUUUAACUGCUCUGCAACAGACCACGUUGGAUCAGGAAUGACUGUGAGAAGCAACGAAGAUGAAAGAACUCUAUCCAAGUCGCUUAGUUUUGGAUUGAUUCUGAAAAAGUUGAUCGAUCUGGGGAAAGUGGAUGUGAAGGAUGUGGCUGCAGAGAUUGGGGUCAAUCCUGAUGCUUUGAGUGCCAAACUUACGGACGGAGACUUGUUACCUGAUUUACUAGGCAAAGUAGUUAAAUGGCUUAGCCAGCAUGCACACAUGGGUUCUGGGAAUAAAGGCGAAAAUUUUAAACGUAAGAACACUAGUAAAUCUGAGCGUCGGGCUAUCUGUACUGAAGGCAUAGUGAUGCUAGAUUCUGAAAUCUUAGAUCCUGCUGUCACUAAGGCUUAUUCUAUUGAGCGAACACUUGAAAGCAACAUUUGUAAUAAUACGGAGAAUAAUACAAUAUGUAUGUUAACUGAAAAUUGUACUGGUAAUGGUAUUAUGGUUGAUGAAGCUAAAGCCAAUGGUUCAGUUUUGACGAAUGAAGGAGCUGUGAGCUUGGCACCUGGUCAUUCUCCAGAAGAACAGAAAUCAAUAGGGAUUGAUCAGGAAGUUAAUGGUGGGAAAUUUUCAGUUCUUCCUUCUGAUAAUCAUGGACAACGAUCAAACUCCAGUUCUUCUGGUGUCAUGCUGGGGAAUGCCAUUUCCUUGGGGCCAAAUAGUUCUCAGAAUCGUGGAAAUUUGAACUGUCCAACCCCCAUUAUCUUGGAUCUCCUUGAUCAUGAAGCAUAUCCUGGUUUCAGUCCUCAUCCUUAUAUCCUCAAAGAAUUGUCAGAACUGGGCAAGGGACAGACCCUGAAAAGCAGCAGGGAUUCUGAUGUGGCUAGGGUGUCAACCAAAACUGAUGGCUCUGAAGAAGGAAACAAACAUCUGCAGGGCGCUGGCGAUCACACUAUCUGUAGUAAUCUCCAAAAUCAGAGUGCACACUGUGGAGACACAAUUCGUCAGUUAUCUAAGGCUAGGAAAUUGGGCAUACUGGAUAUGUCUCCUGAAGAUGAAGUGGAAGGGGAACUUCUAUAUUAUCAGCUUCAGUUACUUGGCACUGCAGUUUCAAGAAAGGAACUUUCUGACAAUUUAGUCUAUGAAGUUGCCAAAAAAUUGCCUCUGGAGAUUGAUGAACAACACGGACGAAGAUGGGAUGAUGUUCUGGUGAACAAAUAUUUCCAUGAUGUCAGGGAAACAAGAAAGCAAGGUAGGAAAGAGAAAAGACACAAACAAGCCCAGGCUGUUCUAGCUGCUGCUACCGCUGCAGCGGCGACAUCUUCUAGGAAUACAUCGCUUAGGAAAGAUAUGUCAGAAGAUCAAGCACAGCAAGAGAUAAGCACUUCUAGACGUAAAGUUGUUGGUAGCUCUCAUCUAGUGCCACAAACAAAGGAAACACUUUUAAAGAUGGCUGUUUCCGGGCCACCGUCUGAGACCGGAUUGUUCAACAGAAUGUACUCUAUGUGGUGGCACAACUGGGGCUUUUAGGAAGGCCACAAAUGGGCAAUGGGUACAUGCUUUUUGUGCUGAGUGGUCCUUGGAAGCAACCUUCAGAAGGGGACAAAUAAAUCCUGUGCAAGGAAUGGAGUCUCUGGCCAAGAACACGGACAGUUGUUGCGUAUGCCGACGGAUAUAUGGUGCAUGCAUAAAGUGUAGUUAUGGCAACUGCCAGACGACAUUCCACUCCUCCUGUGCCAGAAGCGCGGGUUUUCGUAUGACUGGUGGUGGGAAACUUCCGCAUAAGGCUUACUGUGAGAAGCACAGCAUGGAGCAAAAGGCAAAGGCCGAUUCUCAGAAACAUGGGGCAGAGGAGCUAAAAAGUCUCAAACAUUAUAGGGUUGAACUUGAGAGGUUACGCCUUCUGUGUGAGCGGAUAGUCAAGAGGGAGAAAUUAAAGCGAGAGUUGGCUAUUUCUUCGCAUGAAAUACUUGCUGCCAAAAGGGAUCACGCUGCACGUUCAUUACAUGUACGUAAUCCAUUUUCUCCUCCAGAAGUUUCGUCGGACUCAGCUACAACAUCAGUAAAAGGUCAUCCUGAUAGUAAUAUAUCUGGCAGUGAAGCAAUACAGAGGUCAGAUGAUAUCACCAUUGACAGCACAGUCUCUGUUAAGCGCCGUGGCAAAGGUCCCAUGUUAAUGGACACCGAUCAGAAAACCGAUGACAGUGCUACUUCCAAGAGUCGGUUUUCCCGUAAGCCAACCGAAAGACAGAUAUUUUCUGGGAAAACCGUUCCCCGAAAACAUUGUAUAGUCUCACCUAGUGUUUCAGAGGAUGGAGAUAAAGGGUCAAAGCCUAAGAAGCAGCAUGUAGAAACAUUUGCAAAAGAGCUGGUGAUGACAUCAGAUGAAGCUUCUUUCAAGAACCGACGGCUCCCAAAGGGUUACUUUUAUAUUCCUGUUGAUUGCUUUCAGGAAGACAAGCCGGGAAACCAGAAGGCAGCUUCAUCUGACAAGCCAGCGAACCAGAAGACAUCUUCAGGUGAUCAGUCAGGCAAAGACGGGUAAAGCUGAGAACACAAUAUGCGCUCAUAGCUCUUACCCUAGUUAGAUAGUGGCCAUUGGUGGACAUCACCUUCUGCGCCCUAACCAGGAUUCACCAACUGGCUUGAAGCAAAAAGAACCGAUGGUAUUGCUACAAAAAAGCUGAGGCUGCAACUGAGACUCGGCUAAAAUACAGUUAAAAGGGCAUUGUGAAGCUUUUGGGUACUGAUACAAACUGUGCCUAUGGCAAUGUUUGAGAUUUGAGGGUAACAUCUCUAUAGAAAAGAGGCUUCAGAUUGAGUUCAGGGAAGUGAGAAAAAGCUCCCUAUUACCAUAUAAAGAAGGAUCGGUCACGUGUAAUUCUGUUUGUAUAAAGGAGCGGAAAAAAAGGGGUUGCAUAAGUGUAUAUAUUCAUCAAUUGUGUCUAAAAAAAUCUGACCAAGGGAAUAAUAGUUGUCUGAAAAUUCUUUUUA